CUGGCUUCAGCUGUUCCUUGUGGGGCGCCAUGCCCUGCCCUCCAGGCUGGUCCUCCUCAGCAUCUCAGUGCUACACGAGCCCGCCGGUUGAGGGCACGUGGCUCGAGUGCGCCGCGCUGUGCACCAGCCAUUCUUGGCGAGGGUCGCCCGCGGCGCUCGCGGUCGCGGACUCAGCGGGCACUGGCACUGCUGCAGCCGGCGUUGCGGCCUGGACCGGAGCCUUUGCUCCGAACGCCAACAUCUCCGGCUGUGCCUACCUUUCUUCGGACGGUGGGCUGCUCGAGGCUCCGUGCCUCGCCCUCUUCCGCUGCGUCUGCCAGUGGCCUGUGCCGCCGUCGGUGUUUGCGUGCUCCUCCGACGGCCCGUGUUCGCACGCGGGCCUCGACCACGAGGCAGCGGUGCAGGCGCUCGAAGCAGCAGAGCGGGCUGAGAUUCACAGGCAGCAGCGUCCCUACCUCAACGGCGUCGCACUCCUGGCGCUCCUUCCCACGCUCGCCAUCCUCGUGGCCAUCCUCGUGAGCGCAGCCUCAAAGACAUGGAGGGACGCGCGCUUCGCCGCCGCGCUACAGCUCGGCUCGCGGACGCGGCUGAUGGAGCCGGCCACCGACCCGGCCACUCGGUACGUCGCGCGUGCCGUCGAGAUGCUCCGGGCGGCGCGGCGAGCGGCGGUCUUCAACCGGCUGCGCAUCUCUGCGCCUUGUGCCUGCGCCGGCUUGUUCUUGCACGUGGCCGGGCUCACGCCCUACCUGCUGCCGCCGCCGGCAGAGAGCCUCUCGUACGGCGCUCCGAUUCGGAUCGGGCAGCCGCUCUUUGUCCUCUCGCCCCUCACGCCCGCCAUCCUG